GCCUCUUAUCCGCCGCCCGCCGGCCACGUCACACAGCUAGCAGCGCGCCGCGACGUCUAUUCGGAGAAGAGCUGCGACCAGCGCCGCGCUCAUCUCCGACGUCCAUCAUAACGUGAUGCUGUGGACGGGCGCGCUGGUGGCUGCCUGGCUGGCAGCCGGCGCGGCGGCCAACUGUGCCAGUGGCUGCACCCAAACGACGUUCCGCGCCUACACCGGCUGCCUGCAGACCUGCGGCGCCGACGUCGCCGUCACCAAUUGCGACUGCUCCGCCACGGCCUGCACCCGCUGCCCCGGCGACAACACCUGCUGCCAGACCUGCUGCAACACACAGAAGUGUGUCUGCUCUAAUGUGAACUGCCAACAGCCCUGCAACAACGCAUGCUGUUCGAUGUGCUGUCGGCCGCCGGUGGAACAAUCUCAGUGCGGAAACUGUGCUGCUAGUUGCCAACAACAGGGGUCGGGCUGCGCGCCUUGCUGCCAGCCGCAGCAGCCGCAGCAGCUGCCGCAGACGACGACGACGACGACGACGACGACGACGACGUCGCGGCCGCCGCAACCUACAAAUUCGCCGAACCCAGAUCCGAACCCUCCGCCACAACCACCAGGGCAACCGUGCGUGAACGUGUCGGUACUACCGGCCGUCAUGAACGUCUCGCUGGGAAACAUCACCGUGAACCCAGCAAACAUCACUGUGCUGCCCGCCAACAUCAGCUUCACGCCGCACAUCACUGUCGUCGUGAACACGUCGCCCGUCUCACAGGUGUAUCCAUACCAGUACGCGGGCAACGUGACGCUGAACCUCGAGCAGCAGCAGCGACUGCCGGGGCUCAACUGCACGGGCGGCCGGCGCCGCUGCUGCCGCGUCGUCAUGGCUCCGCCCUACCCCUGCCCGCCAGGCCCGGCCUGCCCGCCCAUCGUGAGGUUUGGAUGCGGCCAACAGUGCUCGUCCAUCGUCCAACAGAACAUGUACUACCUCCAGGCGCCACGGCAGCCCUACUACUACCCGUACUACUACUACCGGCCAGUAUACAUGUAUGUACCACAGACGCCACAGUACUUCUGCAGUUCCGGCUGUAUGCCCCUACCUACCUGGCCGUUCGCCCGCUGCUUCGACACAAUGCCUUAUGGUGCAGGCGGAAUGCCCUCUCUUCCACAGUACGGUCCUUUUCAACCGGGACCUGACGCAGCCGCUGCCGCUGCCCCUGCAGCAGCCACCAACACGCAAGGCUAGCACCUGAAAAGUACGCCGCAGUUCGGAGCUUGCUGGACGUGACCUUAGCAAGCACUCACUUCAGUUACCAGCAACAGCAUGCACUUUGAAGAGAACGAAAAUUUUGUGGCAGUAGCUCAGAAGUUAUGCAACAGUCUCUUGUGGUUGACACACUAUCAUUUUCACAUUGUUCUUUUAAAAGCUACUGACUUGUUAGUUUUAUGAAGACGUGGAGAAAAAUAUUGUCAUGAAAAACAGACAUCUCAAGGCUAUCUAUCACAUUUUUAUUUUAGGAAGGUUAUCGAUUUUACGCUUCCGACUAAACAUUAAUAAAAACAAUCAGGGGAAGAAAAAAGAAUUUUGCAAGCCCCCAUCUAAUGAAAGCAAAUAUAACGCCUCCUUUCUUUAUAAUAAUGAUAAAAAAAUAUACAAUUAUUUUAAACAGUACUCGAAACAGAGGUGAACUUAAUAUCCAUCUACGACGAACAUGAACUUUAUUCGUCCCGCAGGCGAAAUACUACCACGACACAAAAGGAACGAAUCUGAAAUUAUUGCUACUGAUGUAUCUGGCGUGGCGUAAAAAUUGUGCUCGAGUAGUAUUAAUUUGCGAUCCUAUACUUGGUCUCUACGCUGGGACAAUUUGUCUCAAAAUCUAUAGCCACUAAUACUGCAUCACGGAAAUGACACAUAGGAAUGUUUUAAGGAGAAUGGAAUGAAGCGUGUGAAUGCAAAUAAAUCUAACUCUGAAGUCGACUGCAAGUGAAGUGAUGCAUUUGGAAGGUUAACAGAUUCGUAAUAUCAGACUCGGUCGUCAUAAUAUUCACAUUUCUUCCACAGGAGCGGAAAAGUGUAGUAUACUGCUCGUCCACUGCCACUAAGCUGACAGUUUCUGAUAAGACUCGU